AACAAACAAGAGUUCCUCAUACACGAAAAAGAAUAUAUGAUAAACGACAAUAUGAUAAGGAACUAAAUGCACCUACUAAUGCGCUGGAUUGGACAAGAGCAUGUUACGACGGUUCUUUAGCUGAUAUAGUUAACGAGGCUGUUAAAAAAUACGAAAAACUUCAAUUAGUAACAUCGGAUAAAAGAAGUAGUUCUGGAGAGAGAUCUAAAGAAAAUUCCAAAAGAGAGUGA